GGGAGCAAAAUCUCAAACGCUCUCUAAAAGGUAUCUUUUUUGGAUAAAUAUAUCCCGGUUCAGUGCUGUUGUGACGGGUGGAAAAAUCCUAUGUAGGGCGUGCAGGAAGGACUGAGGGGCCUUCUGUUACACCGGGCCGCCUCGUAGUGAAUCAUUCAUGUGCACUUUCUGAAAAGAAUGUUCCUGUUUGAAUAUCUCGGUUGUAACAAAACCGGCGAGUUCACCAUUGUUCCUGAGAGGUUCCCUGCAGCAGCGAGUAGCAGUGGGCGAGGCACCGCCGUGAGACUUUAACCCCAGGUGCCUUGCCGUCUGAGAACACGACGAGAACAAUUCGCACGCGGCCACCAGGGUUAGGUCCCCGCGGGUCUCCCGGGGCCUCGGAGUCGGGGGUGCGCUGUGGGCGACCACCUGACAGCUCUGGCUUGCGCUCUGUGUGCUGCCACAGUCCACCCAGGCAAACUCGGGCGUAGCCGCCUGGGCCCUUUCCAAACACUCUGUCCUUCUACCUUUUCCCCAAACUCCCCACUUUACUUCCGCCCGCGCUGCGGUCUGAUAGCGGGAUCUCUGUUCCCUUCACUGCAGGGUGCGCCCUUUUGGUCUUUUCUCGCCCCUCCACACGGCCAGUGACCGGUCCUGGGCAUCCCCCAGAGCUCACCCUGGGAACCCCAUGCUCCCAUUCUGCGCUCAGACCCACACACCUGGAGUCGGGCAGGGCCCACCCUGCCCUGGACUUGCUGGCCAGACCCAGCGUGAGACAGCGCAGCCUCAUCGUCCGGUCGUUGGGGCCCAGAGCGGCCGCGCGGCCGGCCGGGGUGCGGGAGAGCGAGGGAUGCCCGGGCCUCCGGCCCGCCUGGCCGCCGUCGCGCCAAUCCCUGUCCACUGCUACCCGCGGUGCGCCCGGGGACAGGAGAGAUGCGCACUUUUUGAGGGCCCUCGCGCCGGGGCAGGAGCGGGGGUCCCUGCAGCAGUGUCCCCCUGCCCCUUAAGAGGGGCCGCGAGCCCCGCCCCUCCGGGCCUGCCAGGUCACGUGGCCUGCAGCGCCCCCGCGAGCUGGUCACGUGACAGCAGCACCCUGUUGCCUUGGCAGCGGCUGCGGCGGUCGGCGGGGGUGGGGCAGCCGGUGGAGGCGGGGCUGAGGGGGGACCCCGCGGGACUGGCGGAAGGAGGGAGGGGGCCGCGCUUGGUGCCCGGGCCGGGCCAUAGGGCCACACGGCCACGCUAGCGCCGCCGGCCGCGAGCCCAAGCAGGAGCCGAGCCGGGUCAGACAGGCGGAGAAGCUCGACCCCGGGAACCCUCUAUGAUGCCUGAGUAUGCCUCUCUCCCGCCCCCAGCCUGGCUUCCAUCAUGAGUGCCGAGCUCAACGUGCCCAUGGACCCCUCCACGCCUGCUUGCUCAGAGCCUGGCCACAAGGGCAUGGAUUACCGUGACUGGGUCCGCCGUAGCUACCUGGAACUGGUCACUUCCAACCACCACUCUGUGCAGGCCCUCUCCUGGAGGAAGCUGUACCUGAGCAGGGCCAAGCUGAAGGCCUCCAGCCGUACCUCCGCCCUCCUGUCAGGCUUCGCCAUGGUGGCCAUGGUGGAGGUGCAGCUGGAGACGCAGUACCAGUACCCGCGGCCGCUGCUCAUUGCCUUCAGCGCCUGCACCACUGUGCUGGUGGCGGUGCACCUCUUCGCCCUGCUCAUCAGCACAUGCAUCCUGCCCAACGUGGAGGCCGUGAGCAACAUUCACAACCUCAACUCCAUCAGCGAGUCGCCGCACGAGCGCAUGCACCCCUAUAUCGAGCUGGCCUGGGGCUUCUCCACCGUGCUCGGCAUCCUGCUCUUCUUGGCUGAGGUCGUGCUGCUCUGCUGGAUCAAGUUCCUGCCUGUGGACGCGCGCCACCAACCCGGCUCCACGCCCGGCCCUGCAGGCCACACAGGCUGGCAGGCCGCCCUCGUGUCCACCAUCAUCAUGGUGCCUGUGGGCCUCAUCUUUGUGGUCUUCACCAUCCACUUCUACCGCUCACUGGUGCGCCACAAAACGGAGCGGCACAACCGCGAGAUCGAGGAGCUGCACAAGCUCAAGGUGCAGCUGGAUGGGCACGAGCGCAGCCUGCAGGUCGUGUGAAAGCUCGGCUCCCCCAGGGGCUCCUGGGAGCCUGCUUUUGGGGGAAGUUAAAAAAUGUAAAUUGCUCAUGAGGCUGCCUACUCACUGCCAGAUUGUUCAAGACCAAAGUUUUACUCCUGUCUUAAUGCUGUAAAACCUGGAUCAUUUUCCUCAGAAAAUGGAAAUCCUUGUUAAAUGACAGACUGUUGCUAAGAGCGUAGGGCAAAGAAAGGUUGAGUCCUUGGCCCUGGGGACUUCCUGAGACAGGAGGCAGGGCUUCCAUCCUGUGGUCAUCUCAGAGGCAUGGAACAAACGGCCAGGGGUGCAGCGAGCCUGGUGGAGGCCCAGAGAGUCAGUAGAGCUGUGAGUUCAGAGAAGGAUUGCCUUGUGACACCUGCAGUGGGCUGCAUGGCAGCCUGAUGGUAACAGCCUGCUGUGAUGGGGGUGGGGGUGGGGGGGUGGCGGGACUGUGGCGAUUAGAUGGGACACAGGAUUACAGCUGGGCCUGGUGCUUCCCUCCCCUGCUCCGGAGGGAGUUGGGCGGCCUGGCUUAGGGGAAGGCAGGAAUCUGUCAGCCGAGCAGGUGUGGUAGGUGCCCCAGGAGGUGGCAGACUUGUCAGGGCCUGGGGGAGACUUCCAAGAGUGGAGGCCUGGCAGUUGGGAAGGCAUGUCUGUGGGCACCCUGUGUGAGGAGGCUGUUAACUGAGGGGUGCUCUAAAGCACACUGGGCUCAUAUUUUUUCUUCCCAGUCAGACUGGAGCCCUGGCCACACAAACCGAGCAAGCCCUCCAGGUUGGGAAGGGCCCGCAAUCCAGAGGUCUCUUGGCCACAGAAUGCCCUCUGAGCCUGAGUCAGCUACCCUUCUGGGCUGUGGCUACGAAGGCCAGGGGCACUCAGGCAGCAAAGCCUGCCCCUCUCCCUGCUGCCCAUAGUGCCAGGCAGCAGGAAAGGUGGCCUAGGGGACUUCCUGUCUCGACAAGAAGGCUUAGCCUGGUCUGGUCUGUGGUGGUGGCCCCAGGGCCAGCCCUGGCCAAACCGGGUCCUGCUUAUGAUGUGGGGCAACUGUAGGGAAGGCAUGACCCCAUAUACUCCUCCCUCCUGGGCCCCCAGACCUCUCAGCCGCACGCCGGGGCCCAGCUCACACAUUUACUGUCGUGCGUGUGUUUUCAAUAAAGGCAUUUGGUAGCCCUAGCCUGUGUUCUUGAGCUGUUCACAUACGGGCUACAGCUUAGCUUGCAUGUCCUUCGAGCUGCUUUGAAAAACCGCAUAGCCACCUGGAGAAGGCCUUUUCGUUUUUUCACAAAUCAUCAUUGGAUUUCAUGCUGGCACUUCUGUCGACAGCCUAAUGUCUGUGGAGCCUGGGCUGCCUGUGUCAAGAAAUCCCGGCUGGCCCAGUUGAGGUUUCUGGGAAUGUGACUGGUGAGACUGAACAUGUAAUUCCGAAAUGCUGAGGGGCCCUCUGUGAGCUGUGCUGAGAAUCACGUCUCAGUGGUGACACUUAUGGAAAGCCUGGACAUGGUGUCCCGCCAGAGCAGUGCCCUGGUGUUUUCCAAAGGGCGUGUCCCUUGUAUCUCUCGCAUACAUUUGUUGUGACUUGCUUGCUCUGUAGCGCAUGGCGCCUCUUUCCCAGAGCCUUGUUGAAAAGACUCAUCUGGUUUAACGUUUGCUUUGCAAAAGAAUGUGAGCAUUAAUGCAAGAGCCACUUUGUGUCCUGGCAGUAACAAGACAGGCUGGCUCCUCCCCUCAGCUGGGAGCAGGCAGCAAGCCCUUACCCUGGCCUGAGUCUGUUGAGAGGGGCCACGCUGGACUCACUCCUACUGCCCACGGUCUCAGGCCAUCUGGUGCCCCUGCCCCACGUGCUAGACCCAUGGGAAUGCCAUGCUUCCGAGACUGGAAGGCACACCCCCCAGUACCAGUGGGGGCCAGUUGUUAUGCCUGAUCCGUGAGCAGAGCUUCUGGCUUGGCCGCAUCAGGGUCAGACACUAAGUGCCCAAUGACAGUGCCACAUGGGUAGGAAAAACGCCACAUACCACAUUUAAACACUGAUUGGGAGAAUCAUGUUCUCAUUUCUUUUUCUGUCCUCCAGAGUGCUUUCCCAGCUAUGGCCUUUCUAGAGGAAUGAGGCAGAGAGGACUGUGGGUCUGGGGAGGACGGACCACCUCAGGGUUGCCUUGGAGCUUGUCGGGAGAUGGAAGAUAAGCUGCUAGUUGGGAGUUGUAGGAACAAUUCAGCUGGGCAGUUGAGGGGAGGGGCUGGCAAAUUACAGGCUUGAGAUUUGGAUUCUGGAGGUUUAACCUGACAGGAGUCUUCCAGUAGUGGGCCCUCCAUGCUGAGGCGCCAUGGGCCGCCACGGGGCCAGCGUGGGCUUGCCCUGUCUCCCUCUGAGCAGAGCCUUCCUGGUGCUCAUAAGACAUGCCCGCAGAUACUUGAGGCCCAUUCCGAAGUGGAACACAAUCUCCCUUUAGUACCUGACCAGAAAUUUCAAAAACUCAAGUGUUCCUAUUUUAGAAACUGUGAGGGCAGAAUGUAUUUCAGUGUCUUCUAGGAAGGUCUGUGGAGGAUAAAACCACAGACGCUUGAGCGGAUGGAGGCUCAUCUGCAGUCCUUACCUGCCUUGUGCUGAUUCAUUAUGCAUGACACUGUGGAUCAUGUAUGAUGUGCAGAACCCCUGGCCUCUUUACGAAUUUUUCAAACAAUUGCUCUGGAUUCAGCUGAAUAAACAUGCUAUGAAUCAC